GCUCUAUCACUCCCUCUGAUGGAGCUCCGUGCCUCUCCCUCUCUACGUAAGCCUCCGGGAACUCGGUGAAAGGAAAACUUUCUGGAGAAAACCGCUGCCGUUGUACGUGUGUGGAUGAUUAUGGCCUUCGACUGAAGAAGAAAACCUGGCGACAUGCCGAGGAAUCCGGACAAAAACUAAACUAAAAGUGGACCCAGUCAGCGAGUCCGUGAUUUUCUGUUGCGUUUAAUUCAAAGCUUUAACUGGAGGAACAGGAGCAACGAAGAGAAACGGAAUUUACCGGUGGCUUUCUUUCUUUCUUUCUUUCUUUCUCUCUCUCUCUCUCUCUCUCUCUCUCUCUCUCUCUCCUGAAAGAAAACGACGAAGAACUAAAUGGACGUUAAGCCAGUCUCAGGUUAAAGCGCGUCUGAAUUGAGUGAGAAAAGAGAAGAACCGAAAAAGUUUUUCAACUCCACGAAUACUCUGGACAAAGAACUAUGGCAAAGAAAUACGACUUCCUCUUUAAAUUGCUGCUUAUUGGUGAUAGCGGGGUGGGAAAAACAUGUCUGAUCAUCCGUUUUGCAGAGGAUAAUUUUAAUUCUACAUACAUAUCAACUAUCGGUAUUGACUUUAAAGUGAAGACCAUUGAGGUCGAAGGGAAGAAAGUCAAGUUACAAGUCUGGGACACAGCAGGGCAGGAGAGGUUUAAGACCAUCACUACAGCUUAUUACAGAGGAGCUAUGGGUAUCAUCCUUGUGUAUGACAUUACUGACGAGAAAUCCUUUGAGAACAUUCAAAACUGGAUGAAGAGUAUCAAAGAGAAUGCAUCAGCAGGAGUGAGUCGAAUGCUGCUGGGCAAUAAGUGUGACAUCGAAGCCAAGAGAAAGGUGUCUAAGGAGAUAGGCGAGAAGCUCGCAAAGGACCAUGGGAUUCGGUUCUUUGAGACAAGUGCAAAGUCAAGCAUCAAUGUUGAGGAGUCCUUCAUUGCUCUGGCUCGAGAUAUCUUGGUGAAAUCUAACACAAAGCCGGGCUCAGCUGGCCGUGAAGUCAGACUCACAAGCACCGCCCCAGAGAAAAAGGCAUCCAAGUGUCUUAUGUUGUAAACACCAUCAUCAUCAUCAUCACCAGGCACUCCAGACCCAGCACACUCCUACAAUGAAGCAGUAUUACACACAGAGGGAUUAUUAAGUAUAGGACAUUUUUUAGCAAAAAUGUAUAAAAUGACCAAAAAUGAUAAACCAUACAUAAGAGAUUUUUUAGGUUUUUGUAAAGAUUUACCGUAACAAGUUUAUUCCAUUAUCACAACAGGUGAUUCUGUAGUUGGGUUCGAGUUAGGCCGUGUUAACACAUUCUCAGCCUUCAUAUUUCAGCUGCAGUUCAUGUUGAGCUGUAAGUAAGAAUGCUUAGUUAAAAUGCUCUUAUGUGGUCUAUCCUCCCAGCAAUGAGCUUUAGUGCGUUCAAUUUCAAAGGUGCCCCAAUUGAAAGGUUUAGCCAUUUAAAUAAAUGUUAAAAUAUUUGGUUUUUAGAUGACAAAUAAAUGUUAAAUUAGGCCAGUCAAAGAAUAUGACUUGGAGGUGGUAAGGAAUGAAUAAUGUUGUACGUGCUACACUUAGCCCAGAGUUUAUUAUUAAUCCAGACUCACCGACCUUCCAGCAGCGCAAGGGGUGCAGGUUACAACGUACAGUGGAUUUUUGGACUGGAAAUCAUUUGCCCUUGUCAGCUAGAAUAGUAUGGUUAUAGUUUCUUGGCAGGUUGUACAGCCCGUGUUCCUUCAACAUAUUUUAAUAUGUAUGUUAUUGCUUCUGUUUAUAAAUAGCUUAAUUUGCUUUUUUUUUUUUUUGCUAAGUUGAAAAUGAAAUUGCAUCACAUCACUGUUGUGGGGAAUUAAGAGGAAACAUGAAGGGCAAGUUGACAAGGGAGUAUUAGAGAAACAGUAUUGAGAUGAUGAAUACAGAAAGGACAUGAUGAAUUACAGAGAGUGUUCUGAGCAAGUGAAGUUGUACCAAAGUGUUUGUGAGAGAAAGUGAUGUUCAGGAAAGUGUUUUCCUUUUGUUUUUUUGUUUUUUUUGCAUAUAAAGAAGCACAGCACUGUGUAGACUCGUAGCGUACCCCCACUCCAAACUCACUCUUUUCACACUCAUUGCUUUCAGAGAAAACAGGUCUUUUCUGGAUAUAUUUUAAGCUGCUUUGAAUAAACUGUCAAAUAAGCAACGUCUGCAACUCUUGAGGCUGAGGACAUCCUUCUACAUUCUCAAAGUGUCACACUUCAUAUGUGGUUCUCUUACCAAAUUAUAUCACGAGUUAAACUGGUCCACUCUGUAUUCUGUUUGAAUGUUUGGAUCACUGCAUAUAAAAGCUGACAAUAAAGUUGCAUUUCUACA